AGCACUAGAGUCUUUUAGAAAUCAGAAUUUCAGGAUUAUGUCAAAAGGAGGCUUGCUUAUUUGAUAGCCAGCUACAUCCUACAGCCUAGCCACCCAGAAUUUUACUUGAAUUUUGGGGUUCAUUCACAGGUGGAAUCUGUCACCUCCAACCAAUAAUUUGAUUUCUUUCUCUUGAUAUAUGAAAAUCUGGGGUGGGCAAUGGAUGGAAGAGAGGCGGCGGCAAGAACAGUAACAGAGAUGAGUGAUUAUUGAUGAUGAAGGAAAGGUGUUUGAUGGGGAUCCUGUUCUGCCGUCCAUUGAUGUGCCUCUGCAAAUCAUCUCCUCCUCAAUCCCAGCUGAAGUUGGAUAACACCCCCAGCCUCCCUUCUUCAACUGCUGUUUCUGCUGCUGGUGAAUUUGCAGCAGAGGUUAGUGAGGAGGUGAAGAAUCUGCAAGGGGUUAGUCUCCAAUCUGCCAUUAAUGGAGGCAGUAGAAGCUGCAUUAGGAAAGAUAGUAUUACAAAGCAAGUGGAGAUGAGGAGGAAGAAAAGGAAGAGUGUAAGGUGGGUGGAUUAUAGCAUGGGGCAAGAACUUGCUGAGAUCAAGGAGUUUGAAAGCAGGUGAGUUUUUGUUGUAAAUAUUAGUGACUUAAACUAGCUAUGUUAUUUUUUUUGUUCAACACAAAUUCAUUUCAUUCUCCAAAGUAUUGAUUUCUCAUCAUUUUAGAUUUGGUUUUUGUUAUUCAAUAUAAUUUUCUAUCUAGUUUCUAGAUAUUACAAUCACUAAAUUUCAUUUUUACUCGAUAAAUCGUUUUUCUUUUGCAAAAUAAUUUGGGAUGAAUGUAGGAUUAAUUUUUAAAUACUACAUUAUAAAAGGCCUAAUAUUAAUGAAAUUAGAUGACCAUUUAUGUUCAAAGGAUUUUACCUUAGAUUUUGCUUUAUGACAUUGAGUUAAACCUAAGCAAGAAUAAAAUUGGAAGUUUAGACACAAAGAAUUGUAUAGAUAAACCCUCCAAUUAAAUUAUUCGUUACUAAAUAGGGUAUAGGUAAUGUAAAUUCUUCUAUUUGAUAUUUAAAUGAUUGAAGAACAUACUUCCUCCGUUCUUAAAUAAGUGCAACACUUUUCAUUCUGGGCAGUUUCAUUAUAAAUGCAACACUUCUAUAUUUGGUAAGAAAAAAUAAUCACAAUGACUAUACUACCCCAACACUUCUUUUGUACGCUUAAUAAGUCAACCCAUCACCUCAAAUUAAAUCUCCACCCACCCACGAUAUAUCCACCAUCCAUUUUUCCACUGCGCCUAAUAAGCCUUUAAAUCUAUGAACUAAACCAUGUGCUCUAUUAGACAGAGAUGAGCGAACAAGAAGCCAUGAGGAAGAAGCCAUGUACUAGUAUGAAAGAGAGCUAAAUAGGAAAUGGAGCACUGCUGGUUUUAUUUAUUCCCUUUGAAAACCCUCCAACUCUCGUUUCUUGUCCACAUACGGACCCCUUUUUCUUCUUCCAUGCAUCUGGGCAUUCAUCUUCUUUUCCAUCUCUGUUAUUUUCUUCUCACGAUUUUAUAGCUCAAUUCAAGAAUUUGGAUGUUGAUGAGCUGAAUCGGCACACAAAUUAUGAAUCUCCAGCUUCGAAGGAGUUUUAACAUUUGUUGAACCAAUAUAGUGGCCAAUAAUACGAUUCAGGAUAUUAAAACUAAAUAUCUGUAGUUCAAAUGAUGUUAAACAAAUUCAGGAGAGCUGAAUCGAAACUAAAAUAUUGAAAGCAACGAUUAUUUGGUCUUUCCGGAGUAGAAGCUAAACCAGCAGAGAGAAGAAAAGUUGGGAAGUGAAAGAGAUAACUAUGUCAGAUAUGCCUGCUAAAAGCAAGGGCGAAUUCGGUAAAAAAGAUGUCCGUAUAGGUUUCUUAAAUCCUGUGCCCACAUGCUAGGUUGCAUUUAUAACCGAACGGAGGAUAGUACUUGUUAAGAUUUUGAGGCUUAUCGUAUGUCAACUUGAUAUGAGGAUUAGUCCAAUAUCUUAUACGGAGUAUAACGUCUUGUUGUUUUAUAUUGAGACAAAUACUUCAGGGAAACUGUUUUUGAGUUUUUUAUUCCUCUAUUUUGUUGUAUUUUUGUUAUCUUAUCUUCUAUCUUUUGUUUCUUGGUUAGUCCUUCAGUUUUUGAAUUCUCUAUUUCAUAGUAUAUUCUAAAUUGUAAAAUAUUUUUUACACACAUAUAUCUAAUACCCCCUCCGUAACUCAUUAUUGUCAGAAUGUGGUUCUUAUAGUAGCUCUAGAUGAUGAUACUAUGAUAGGUGAACUUUAGUGCUUCCAUUGAGCUAUAUUACCUUGCUUAAAUGAAAUCUCAAAUCUUAAUAUGGAAUUAGAGUUUAUUGAACUUUGUUCCCAUGAAUUACCACUGAACACCCAUACUUCAAAAGUGGUGGUGUACAAUGAGCUAUAUCCAUGUAAAGGCUUAUGUCACUGCUUGUUUUAUAUUCAUAAUGUAGCAUUGCUCUAUUUUGACAUGAACAAGUGUGCAGCGAAACAGGUGACAGUGAUAACGAAGAGGAAGAACGACAAUGUUUUUGCUUCAUUCUAUGAUGUUAUUAACUGGCUUCCUCUGGCUACAAAAUUAGUUGGACAUAUUUCUGAGCAGAAGAGUAGCUAGCUCAUCAGGAACCAGCACUGUUUCUGAUAUAUAGAAGAGCUGGGAUAUCCUUCCAAGUAGGAAGCGGGUUUCGUGUGAAAGUUCAUUCAAAGCCAUUUUUUGAAGCUAAAGCUCAAUUGGGAAGUGAUUUUUCUGGAUUAGCUGUUUGCUGCUGUGCACUAGAGUGGAGCUUUGACAUCUUUCUUUGUGCAAUUAUUGUUAGAUUCUAUUCCGUUUGAAAAAUCCUUAGGCUACCAUUCAUGUAAGUGGAUGGUUGUUAUCCUGUACAGAUCAAGAGCUACAAAGAACAGUUCAUUGUGCAGUAAUAAAGAUGUAAACCUUUUAGUGUUCUGACCUUGUAGCAAUGAAAUCAUCACAGUACCAUGUGCAAACCAAGCUUUCUUACAUGCAAUGAGUUGGUUACCACUGAAGUUGGAAGCUGACAAUGGUGGAAUCCUUGUGGCAAAAUAAUUCUGAAAAUGUACUACUCCGAUCCCACAAGAGAAACUAGUAUACAUCACAUACAUUAAUAUUGACUUUCAAACGGCCUCAAGCUAUUGGUGCAUGAAUAUUAUACUACACUUGUUGACAUUAUAUUAUUUGCCGAUAGAGUUGAGUGGUGUGUAGCCAAUUAAGGACAUAUUUGUAACUCUAGAUUUAGGGGGUGUUUGCAUCUAAUUCUUAACACUGCUUCUGCUCCUUUAGGGAGUAUAAGCAGAAGCUGGAGUGUUUGGGUGAAAAUAUAGAAGUGAUUCUAGUGCUCUAAUUUACUCAUAGAAUCAAUUUUUUUAGAAGUUGGGGGUGACAGCUUCUGAAAACUAAUUCUGAUUCAGCUACUACUUUAAAAAAGAAACAUUAUAAGAAUCAGU